GAGCCCGCUUAGGUCAGACUGCCGAGCAGGGGCUAUAAGCUCAAGUAGGAAGGACCUCCACGCUUCGGACCUUUCUUUGAAUGCCUAUAGUAGACUCCGCUCGCUAUAGAGUAGGAUAUCCAGGCCACCACAGCCUACCUGGGCAUACACUCCGAGGCCUGUCCAGAACCCAUCAAAUAUCCGGUUGUCGUUACACCACAGCUCUGAUCGGAACGUGAUGGGUCUGACAACCCUGUUAGUAAAAUAUCACUUGCAUGCGCAUGAACUUCGGAUGGAUUUUGCGGUAGUGAUGGCGAAUACUAAAAGCUGGGAGCUCCAGGCAAGCUGACUGACAUUUGUGAAUUGCGCAAUGAAGGUUCUACUCACUUUUCUUUCUGCCUGUUCUGGCAUUUCAGCCCUCGCGAUCCGGGCACCGACGAUUGCCCAGGAUCUGGCGACACUGGUCUCGACAGCUUCCUCGGUAUCAAUUGAGCUUAAUGCAAGAUGGAGCGACUUCAACGCACCUUUGCCGUCGGUCGUAGUAAACGUCACAUCAGAGGACGAUGUGGCUGCGACGGUCAAGUACUGCACUAAAGGAAAUAUUCCCUUCCUGGCACAAAACGGUGGUGUCGCGUGGGCGAACAUAUUCGACUUGGGACAGACCGGUGUGCUGAUCAACCUUGCGGGCCUCAAUACUGUCACAGUGAGCGAUGACAAGAAGUCAGCAACGAUUGGGGGUGGCGCAAGUAUUGGAGAGACUAUUGCUGCAGCAGACGCUGCUGAUGCUUUGGUAUUGACGGGCAAUUGCAAUUGCGUCGGCUCAGUGAGCGCCUACCUUGGUGGAGGUUAUGGCAACCUCAUGGGCGAUGUCGGCUUCGGUGUCGACAACAUUAUCUCGCUCCGCGUCGUUACUGCCGACGGCUCGAUUCGCACCAUCUCGAAAACGUCUGACGCUGACCUCUUCUGGGCCUUCCGCGGCGCUGGUCCAAACUUCGGCGUUGUCAUCUCAGCAACCGUUAAGGCCUCACCCGCCACGGCCACCGACCGAACGGCUUGGAUUAACAACCUCUUCUUCCCAGCGUCCAAGCUACCCGAGAUUGCUCAGACAAUCGAAGACCUCCCCCUCGCCCCCGAACAACGCGUCUACCUCGUGCUUACCAGCGGCGGCCCACCCCUCAAUGAGCCCUCAGUCCUCGUGACUGGCUUCAUGCGCAAAGCCAACGAGGCCACUGGACGCGCCGCCUUCAAGCCUCUCUACGAUCUGCAGCCCGCCAGCGAGUCGGGUGCCGUAACUCCAUACGCAAACUGGAACGACGCCAACAUCAACUUCUGCGUGCGCGGCGGCCGCAAGCCUUCCUUCAGCACGACCAUCACCUCAAUGAAGCCGGACGUCUGGCCGCAGAUCUGGGACGCAUACACGGCGUUCCAGGCCAAGGGCCCCAACACUGCGGUCUUGAUUGAGAGAUACAACUUGACGGCCGCGAAGGCGCAGCUAGACGGUGCGACAGCGCUGAACCCCGCGCUCAGACAGCCUGCGUUUGCGCAGGCGAUUGUGAUUCCGUGGUACGACGACGCAGGGCUAGAUGACGAGGCGCUGGCGUUCGGGAGGGGGGUCAGGGACCUGUGGAGCGAUGCGGCUGAUGCCACGCAGAACCCGACGUACGCGAAUUUUGCACAUGGGGACGAGAGCUUAGAAGCAAUCUACGGGACGAGUUUGCCGCGGCUGAGGAAGGUGAAGAAGACGUGGGAUCCAAAGGGUGUGUUUGGGCAGUGGUUUCCUAUCAAGUAGGAAGUGCGAGUGGGAACGACAUAAACGUAAAUGACGAAUGAAUGAUUAUGCUGGUUCUCAAUGUGUAGACUCGUACCAAUCAAUUGCCAGAAUUUGCAGAUCACUCUGACAUACGGACGAUUAUUGAGGACACAGGUUUGCAUCAAAUAUAACCCACGCCACGAGGCCAUAGGAAACGUGAGAAGCUGCUUGUUGGCCUCUUUCCAAAGCAAAUACUCACUGCCCCCUCUCCAGCACCUCACACCUAACCCAAAACUCAUCCCACGCCACACACCCCUCCAUCUCCCCCGCCAACACCACUGCCUCCCUAGCCUCCUCGAUCUCCCCCUCCAAACCUUCCCGCUCCAGAAGCGCAAAAAAUACGGCCCCUGUACCGCCCCCUGCCCUACGAGGG